UUUGCAUAGCAGUGAACUGGGUGUUUAUUGCUGCAAAUCAUUUGCUGGUCUGUAGAUUUCCUUAAGAAAUUCUGCUGACAUCAUUGACUCUUUUCUCAGAUUCCUUUCCUUCGGGCUCCCUCUCCUCUCUCACUCUCUCCUUCUCUCUCUAGUUCAUUCAGGUAAUUGUUAUUCAAAAUCAAACCAACCUUUUUUUUUUCAGUAACAGUGAACAAGAAACAUUUUCAUUUUUUCUAUUUUCCUGAAGGACCCCGAGUUGGCUGUUAAUUCCUUGUUCUGUUAUGACAACAUCUAAAAAGAAGUCUGCAUAUAUUGAUCUUUGCAGAGCAUAGCUGUACCUUACGAGAAAACACCAAACUGUCUGCUUUUCCUGACCUAACUGUUGCUGUUUAAAACCAUGUUCUUCAUUUGACUGCUUUUGAACCUGUCCAGACAAGAAUAUUUAAGUGAGAUAAGAGAUAGCAACGUAUUGAAAAUGGAAGCCAUUUGCAUCAAUAUGUCAAGCACGACUCUUGUGAAUCACACAACUAAUUCUGAACUCAAGACAAAGAGACCUCGGGUCAUGUCAAAAAAUGGACACAGCAAUGUGAGGAUUGACAAAGUUGAUGGUAUCUACUUACUUUACCUUCAAGACUUAUGGACAACAGUUAUAGAUAUGAAGUGGAGGUACAAACUCUCCCUAUUUGCUGCCACUUUUGUGGUGACUUGGUUCCUAUUUGGAGUCAUCUAUUAUGUGAUUGCAUUUAUUCAUGGGGAUCUGGAACAGAGUGAGCACUCCCCAAAUCAAACAGCUUGCAUUAUGAAAGUCAACUCCUUAACUGGGGCAUUUCUCUUUUCUCUUGAGUCCCAGACAACUAUUGGAUAUGGUGCCCGUUUCAUCACUGAAGAGUGUCCUCAUGCCAUUUUCUUGCUGGUUACUCAACUGGUUAUAACAACCUUAAUUGAGAUCUUUAUCACUGGCACCUUCCUGGCCAAAAUUGCAAGACCUAAAAAACGGGCUGAGACCAUUAAGUUUAGCCAUUGUGCUGUCAUUACCAAACAUAAUGGGAAGUUAUGCCUGGUGAUUCAAGUGGCCAACAUGAGGAAAAGUCUGUUGAUCCAAUGCCAGCUUUCUGGCAAGCUCCUCAAGACUCACCUUACCAAAGAAGGUGAAAUGAUACUACUCAACCAAGCUACUGUCAAGUUUCACGUGGAUUCUUCUUCUGAAAGUCCCUUCCUCAUUCUACCCAUGACAUUUUAUCAUGUGCUGGAUGAGACAAGCCCCCUGAGAGAUCUGACAUCACAAAAUCUGAAAGAAAUGGAGUUUGAAUUGGUGGUUCUCCUCAAUGCCACAGUGGAGUCCACUAGUGCUGUCUGCCAGAGCCGAACGUCUUAUAUUCCAGAGGAGAUCUAUUGGGGAUUUGAAUUUGUACCUGUGGUAUCUCUUUCAAAAAAUGGGAAGUAUGUGGCUGAUUUUAGUCAGUUUGAAGAAAUUCGAAGAAGUUCAGACUGUACAUUUUAUUGUAUAGACCCAGAAAAACAAAAACUCGAAAUGAAAUACAGGGAAGAGGAGCAGAGAGAGAGGGAAAUUAGGACAAUUUUAUUGCAACAGAAUAAUAACUGAUUACAUUGGAAUCUAAAAAUUUAACUUUACAAGCUGAUUCUCCAGAUUAUAAAAGGAUAGGCAUCUAUAGAAUGUAAGCUCUUAGAGGGUAGAAACUGUUUCACUUCUGUCUUUGUGGCUCCAGCCCUUAAUACAGUGUCUUGCACAUAGUAGGUUCUUAAUAAAUGUUUGUUGAAUUAAGUCAUUCUAUCUUCUAUGAGGCUACUAAUUACAAAUAUUUGGCAAUAACCUAAAAAAAAGCAUUAGGUAGAAAAAAUUGAUUUUUUCUUUAUAUCUGGCCAAAUAAAAUAUUUUUCUCCAUGAAAUAUUUUUCUCCACUCCACUCCCUGGGUGCACUUACUAUGCUUUAUUUAAAAUCUUUAAAAAAUAAAGUUUUCUAACAAUGACUUUGGAAGAACUUGGUCAAACAUAAUUCUAAGAAUUUCACUCCUUCAAGAGUUUUGCUAGAUACUAAUGGAAUAAAUAUUGAAAGGAAACAGGACUGUAUAAAGAUAAUUAGCAAGACAAUUAUAUGAGAUAUUUAUUUGGUUCAGAGAAUGAAAAAAUAGACAAAAAUCACGUAGUCAUAAUUUAAAAUCUUGUUUCUUGGUUUUGGGGAAGAGAAUUAUGUAUAUGUGUAUGUUUAUGUAUUGCUAAUUGGCUACACUUUAAGAAAGAUUCUUAAAAUCAUUAGUUUCUUAGGGUCGUUUACUUUUUACCACUUAUCUACUUAAUGUGCUAUAAUUUGUAAGAAAAUAAUGCUCACAAAUAUAUUAAUAGCAAUUCUUUUUUUAAUUGAA